ACCAAGAAAGUUUGGUUACCUCGGCCAAGACAAACAACUAACAACAUAGUAGUUAGUUCCUCUCUAGUUUCUUCCUUCAAUCGUCUUUUCCUCGACAUCUUUUUGAAAAAAAAAAAAGGCUUAACAGAUAAAACGACACCAUGAAGCAAAAGAUGGUAGUCAGGGUAACUAUGAGUGGCAAUAAGUCCCGCUCCAAGGCCUUGAAAAUUGCAGUCGGUCUCCCAGGGGUGGAGUCUGCUUCUUUAAUAGGCGAUGACAAGAGCCAAAUAGAGUUAACAGGGGAAGAGGUUGAUCCAGUUCAGCUAAUACGUCUGCUAAAAAAUAGUCUGAGACAUGCAGAGCUGGUUAGCGUGAGUACCGUGGAUGGUGACAAGAAGGAAGAGAAGAAAGAAGACGAAAAGCCACCUGUGUAUGUCUGGGAUCCUAAUCCACCUUAUUAUAUGUAUGAGGUGCCACAUGAACCCUCUUGCUCCAUCUUGUAAGUGACAAGAAUUUAGAAGGUGACAAUAAAAGAGACAGAUGCGUGGCUUUAAUUCCCUUAGGCUGAGUUUGAGAAAUUUAAUACUAUGUCUUGCUGCAGUUCAUGAUCAUGCCAAAACAGGCAAUGGUGUCCAUGUGAAGGAGACUUAUUGCCCUUCUUUUUUCUUCUUCUUCCUUUUUUUUUUUUUUUUUUUCAGUUUUUGAAUUUUAUCGUACCUGUUUGUAUAAUUGUGAUAGUGCAAUUCUGAUUUUUAAGUUUGAUGUCUCCUAUAUGUUGCACAAUUGAAUUGUCGAUUACUUGAGUGAAUUGAAGUUUGAUCAUGCAAAU